UCGCUAGUUCAGUGCCCUCACACUUAGUGUAGUCAUGGAGAGGUUCGCUGGUAGGGUUGCUGUGGUGACGGGGGCGAGGGCCGGGAUAGGGGAGGCCAUCUCUCGAGCACUCGUGUCCUAUGGGAUCCUCGUGGUAGGGCUGGCCAGGAAUGAGGACAAACUCAAGGAACUAGAAAAAGAACUGUCAGGAGCAAAAGGGAAGUUUUACGGUAUCAAAACAGACCUCAGGAGUGAAGAGGAGAUUGUCAAAGCGUUUAAGUGGACAGAAAAACACGUAGGAGGGGUGGACAUUCUGAUCAACAAUGCAGGAGUGUCUACAAGAACAAGGGUGUUGGAUGGCAACAUGGAGAUCUGGCGCAACAUGUUCGAUGUGAACGUGUUCGCAGUAGGGAUCUGUACAAGAGAAGCGGUCAGAUCUAUGAAGACCCGAGGAGUCACUGACGGUAACAUCAUCAACGUCAACAGUGUGACUGGUCAUGAGGUGAGCACGUUGAUGAGUCAGUCAGUCUACUCUGCCACAAAACACGUGUUGACUAUCCUGACUGAGGCGAUGAGGAGGGAACUGGUCGAGGGGAACUCUACCAUCAGAGUGUCUAGUGUCAGUCCUGGAAGGGUGAUGACUGAGAUGAUAGCUCCAGGAGGUGUUAUACGAGCCACUGACCGAGGACCUACACUGGACUGUCCCUCGGUUGCAGACGCCGUCAUGUACGUGCUGGCCACCCCGUCACAUGUACAGAUUUCCGAGAUGAUUGUCCGACCAGUUGGUGAUCUAACUCAUCGAUUUCCAAAACAAAUUUAAAUUAAAUUUAUUAAAUUAUUUUUAUACAUUAUUAUUAGGAAAGUAAUAUAUAUUGUUAAGUUGUAAAUAAU